CCCGGAGCUGAACCUUCACUCCCCGGACUUCAGCUUGCUGGCAGCGCUGGCCAGCCGGAGCACUGAGGACCUGUUCUAAUCCUGACGGGAUCGGAGCUGGGAGUCGGUUGUUUGCUUUCCUCGGUCUGCUGCUAUUCACCUCCCCGGGGAAGAGCAAAGGUUUUACCUUUGCAGGACAGAGACACAGCAUGAAGGUCGAGUUUGCUCCCAUCAACAUUCCCCUGGCCAGGAGAAUUCAGACAGCUGCAGUGAUUCAGUGGCUCUUCUCCUUUCUCUUACUAGCACAGUGUUGCUGGGGAGUCUUCAUCAUCUUGCUUUUGGGAAACUACUGGUUCCUACCUGUCCUCUAUGCACUGUGGCUCUAUCUUGAUUGGGAGACCCCCCAAACUGGAGGGAGAAGAUCAAAGUGGGUCAGAAACUGGACUAUUUGGAAGUACUUUACCGAUUACUUUCCAAUUCAUCUCAUAAAAACGUCAGAUUUGGAUCCAAGCCAAAACUAUCUGUUUGGAUUUCACCCUCAUGGUAUUCUUGCUGCUGGAGCCUUUGGAAACUUUUGCACAGAAUAUACAGGUUUUAAAGAAUUAUUCCCUGGUCUUACUCCAUAUCUUCACAUCUUGCCCUUCUGGUUCGGAUGCCCUUUCUUCAGAGAUUAUGCUUUGAGUACCGGAGUAGUGUCAGCCUCCAAGAAGAGUGUGUCUCAUGUGCUGAACAAUGACAGAGGUGGAAACGUUGCAGUGAUUGUGCUUGGAGGAGCAGAAGAGUCUUUGGAUGCCCAUCCUGGAAGUUUAACUCUGAAUAUCCUCAAGAGGAGAGGUUUUAUUAAAAUGGCUUUGAAAUAUGGGGCUCACUUGGUUCCAGUAUUCUCGUUUGGUGAAAAUGAACUGUUUAAGCAAGUUGCAAACCCCAAAGGAUCGUGGCUCAGAACUUUACAGGAGAGACUGAGGAAGAUAGUGGGGUUUACUUUACCUCUGUUUCAUGCUAGAGGAAUAUUUCAGUACAGUUUUGGCUUGAUGCCUUACAGGAAACCUAUUCACACUGUUGUGGGGAAACCUAUCACUGUACAACAGAAUUUGAAUCCUACUCUUGAAGAGAUUGAGCAGUUGCAUCAAACAUACCUGCGAGUACUAAGUAAAUUAUUUGAAGACCACAAAGAAAAAUAUGGGAUACCAGACCAUGAAUCGCUCAUCUUUAAAUAACUGCAAAGUCAGGAUGUCCAGAUAUAAGACAGUGGCCUUGUGAUGAAACAAGACAUUUCUCAAUUUGCAACCACUCUUCUAUAAGAAAAAUGUGUGCAUGUGAUAGAUUAAAUUAGUAGAAUUCCUUCCUAUCUUCUUAGUCAUGGAAAAUCCUUCUUCAUUUAGCAUCUGAUCCUGCAAACCUAUCUGUGUGAGUGUCCCUUUGGCUUCAUCAGCACUGAAAAAUGUAAGUACUUUUCUCACUCUUUGCUUAGCAGCUCUGCUGGUGAGAAUGCUAGUGUAGACAGAACACAGGUGUCUUUACCAUCAUGUGGUCCAGCUCUAGUUUCAGAAGGUGGAGCUGCACUGGUGCUAGAUCAACAGUGGGAAAAGUGUUAGUGCAGACAAGACCAUUGAUUGCAGCAACUUUAUUCCUAUCUUUUACUCAAGGAGUGUGUAAUUUAAGGUUAGGGGAUUUACAAAACUUGUAUUCAGUAUGACAUUGAGUUGUUCUCUGAAUACCAAGAAAAAUGCAUCUUAAUCUUCAGCAGAAAUGAAGCUGUGUGUAUAGUGCUCCUGGCCAUCAAGAACAGAACCUGAAUAUGCAAAACCACGGAUAGUUUGAGGUUGUUGUCCUAAAUGGGUAGGGUGACCAGUUGUCUCGUUUUUAACUGGACAAUCCUGUAUUUAAGCCUUCUUACAGGUAUCUUGACUUUUGUUAAAUAUGGGCAAAUUGUCCCAUAUUUUCUGGGAUCUCAGCACAGAGUCGGCAGUGGGAGGCAGCAAGUGGCUGUGCCCCCCCCUUUACUCUCCCCAGCGCGUGCCAGCACCAGAGUGUCCCUGCCUGCCUCCUCCAGCAGCAGUGCCGGGGAUGGACAGUGAGAGCAUGCCCAGAAAGGAGCAGCCUGGGUUCCUGCCAUGCCCCGUGCCUCCCGGGAAGCAACCCCGCUGUGCUGCCAUCAGCUCCCGCCUUGCACAGGUGAAUAGCCGGGGCAGGGCAUGUUCCCCCUUCUCUGUGCACCUACCCCUGCUCUCUGCCUGGCACUUGGGGCAGCCUGUGGGGAUGGGGGUCCCUGCUCAGCGCUGGCGGGAAGAUCUCUAAUCUCCUGAAUAGAGGGGCUCUACUUGCCCCCUAGUGGGGGGAGCAGGCUGCAAGCAGCAUUUCACCUCACUGCCGACCCCUCUGCACAUGGGACCCCUAGUGGGGUACGGGAGGAAGGCUGAGUGGCAAUGCCAGCCCUGUGCUGGAGGGAGAGCUAAGGAGAGUGGCUUGGGCUGGCCAGCCCACCCCACCCCGUGUGCA